GACUGAGAACGUUUCCGGGGCAGCCAUCGCUGGUUUCCGCUUCCAAGACUCCAUCGUCCCAGUCACCCUCCUCCUCUGCCACGCUUACAGGACCUCGUCUGUCAGCCCAUAUCCGGGACUGUGCCGGGAGGUGUUUGCUGCCGUGGUAGUGACCAGUAAAAAGCCUGAAGAUGCUGCAGGAUAUGGUUUACAAAUCCAAUUGGGGGUCUUUGCUUUCACUACUUCUGCUUAUUUUGGGAUGUGCCACUGCAUCAGAAAUCACCUUUGAGCUGCCUGAUAAUGCCAAGCAAUGCUUCUAUGAAGAUAUUACUCAGGGAACUAAGUGUACACUAGAGUUUCAGGUGAUUACAGGUGGCCAUUAUGAUGUGGAUUGCCGGCUAGAGGACCCUGAUGGGAUAGUGUUGUACAAGGAGAUGAAGAAACAAUACGACAGCUUCACUUUCACAGCCUCCCGCAAUGGAACAUACAAGUUCUGUUUCAGCAAUGAGUUUUCUACGUUCACCCACAAGACCGUCUACUUUGACUUCCAAGUCGGAGAAGAUCCUCCACUGUUCCCCAGCGAGAACAGAGCCACUGCACUGACUCAGAUGGAAUCCGCUUGCGUAUCAAUCCAUGAAGCCCUGAAGUCAGUCAUUGACUACCAGACGCACUUCCGUUUAAGGGAGGCACAAGGACGCAGCCGAGCGGAAGAUCUUAAUACAAGAGUAGCCUAUUGGUCUAUAGGAGAGGCUAUCAUUCUUCUAGUUGUAAGCAUUGGACAGGUAUUCCUGCUCAAAAGUUUCUUCUCGGAUAAAAGAACCACCACAACUCGUGUCGGAUCAUAACCUGUGUUUCCCAGGAUGCUUGAUGAUUUUCAUGACACACUGUUUGCCCAAAUGCAAAUUUUGUUUAUUUUUUUUCCCUAUUACAUGUAGGUAAAAGACUGUAUAUAUUGGUAAAGCUAUGUUUUACUUUUUAAACUCCAGUUC